AUGCUGCCCCUUCUCCGCCUCCUCCGCCUCCUCCUCCUCCUCCUGCCGCCCCCGCUGACCUCGGCCUGGGGGUCCGGACCGCAAGAUGACCUCGAGCCGCGUAACUACACCCUGCUGCACACUCUGUUCUGCCAAGACGGGGAGCCCGCGCUGGGCCUGGCGGAGGUGUUCGAGGGGGAUCCCCUCUUCUCCUUCGACUUCUCCAGCGGCUCCCGCCGGGCCCGGCUGCCCGAGUUCGAAUCCUGGGCGGGCCACCGGGGCGACCUGAGCGGCAUCGCCUUCGACUCCAAGCUCUGCAAGGAACUGCUCUCCGUCAUGACCCCUUGUCUGGACGGCAAGAUUCCCGAAUCCAGAGGGAUCCCGGCGGCCCAGGUCUUCACCCUGGAGCCACUGAGGCUGGGCCAGCCCAACACCCUGGUCUGCUCCAUCAGUAACCUGUUCCCUCCGGAAGCGACGGUCAGUUGGCAGCACCAAGGGCUGGACGUGGGCGGCGAGGGCCCGGCCCUGCUGGUGCCCACCGAGGGCCUCACCUUCCAGGCCUUCGCCUACCUCAACUUCACGCCCGCCGCCAGCGACCUCUACGCCUGCGUCGUCACCCGCCAGGGAGAUCUCUUCUCCACCAUCGCCUUCUGGGUUCCCCAGGAUACACUGCCCUCUGACCUGCUGGAGAACGUGCUGUGCGGCCUAGCCUUUGGCCUGGGAAUCGUGGGCAUCUUUCUGGGCAUCGGCCUCCUCAUCUACUACCGGCGGCCGGAUUGAACGCCAGGAGGAUGGAGUCAGAGGUGGGGCCGGGCCGGCCCCUCACCCAAGAAGAUGCCACGGGGGCCGCGUUGGGCGACGGAGGCGGGAGGGGAAAGAUGCCCCACUGGGGAUGGUAUCACAGUGGGAGUCCAAACCAUAGCCACGUUCCCAAGGCCUUGGGGACCUUGGGACCCUCCCCCUUCUCCCUUCUGUGCCAAUAAACUUGAUUUUCCAAUCCAGCCGCCUA